AUGAUUUCCUGUCUAUUCAUUCUUGAUGAAGAACUUCAAUUACUGACUGUUAGAUUGUUGAAGCCAGUACCAUCGCUACUUGAGCCGUUAGAAUGGUUUAUCAGGCAUCCCAAGAAGUCGCCGAUACUGCAAAAUAUGGAUUAUGACUACAUAUUCAUUCAAAGAGAUGGGUUGUAUUUUCUUUCGUUGAGCUACCAACUCACAAACGUCUAUCCCAUGGUAGUUUUUUCAUAUCUGAAUCAACUUCAUAUGUUAUUUCAGAAGUACUUGGGCGAGAACUUGAAUAAGGUUUUGAUUACAGGGAACUUCCAUUUAAUUCAUGAAUUGAUCGACGAGUCUAUUUUUAUGGGUACACCUCAACUGACUGAUUAUAAUAUAAUCAGAGACUACAUUAAGGUUCAAGUUGUCAAAGAUUCACCAGAACCAGCUACACGAGAGGCAACAGUAACAAACACUAAAAAGAAUAAAAAGAAGGACUCAAAGAAGAAAGAAGAAGACACAGAGGCAACAGAUGAAAACUAUAUGAAUAGUUAUAUUGCAAGAACAACCACCUCAGCUAUAUCAUGGCGUCCUAAAGGUAUUCAUUAUAACAAAAAUGAAUUUUAUCUGGAUGUUAUUGAACAUCUCGAAUACCUUGUGGACUUUCAAUGCAUGAACAUUAAAAGUAACACAGUGUAUGGAUAUAUUCAAUGCCGUUCAUAUUUAUCAGGUAUGCCCAUGCUAACGAUAGGGCUAAACAAACUGAAUUCUGAGAACGAGUACUUUAUGAGAAGGGCAAAUUUUCAUCAAUGUGUUAACCUGGACCAACUAACAACAGACAAACUUAUAUCAUUCACUCCUCCAGACGGGGAGUUUCAAUUGUGCAACUACAAGUUAACAAGAAAUAUGUCAGACCCGCCAAUGAUCAAAUUGGAGGAUUGCAAGGUGAAACUGAAGCCGCGCAAAACAAAAGAUGGGCUGGAUAGGCUGAUUCUAGCUGUGACCAUAUCCACCUACUUCAAGCUGCAAGAUUCGACCAGUCUGCUCAAUAUAAAGGUACCAUUAAGCAAAGUAUUUCGAGACUGGGAUGUCGAUCUUUCAUACCAGCCACGCUUUAAAUGCGAGCAGGGGAAGGUUAUGUUCAACAUAACCGAUGACUACCUACUUUGGGAAGUAGGGAAAGUAAAAGGCGGUCAUGGCGAUAAAACAUUGAAAAUGCAGUCUGAAUUCCAUCUCCACAAUAGAGAACACGAAGCUAGGAUAAAACAACAACUAUCAAAUUCAAUGGACCCAAAGCCAAUACGACGAGGUCCUCAUUUAGAAAAACUCUACCAACAGACUCACGAAUUAAACUCCCCCACUUCAGAAGCAGCUCUCUUGAAGGUAGAAUUUGAAAUUCCUUACUACACUAUAAGUGGAUUGAAAGUUGAAUUCCUAAAGAUUGAAGAAAAACAACUCCAAUUCCAGUCCUUUCCUUGGGUAAGGUAUAAAACCAUCAAUCAUGAUAUAUAUGCCUAUCAACUUUGA